AUGGAUGACAAGAUUGACACAGCAGAAAAGAAGUUGCUGGUUGAUAUUGUAAAAUUGGUACAAAAGAAAGGCAUGAAGGGUAAACUUGGAGGCUGGAAAGAGUUCUUGAACACUAAAGAUAAGAAAUUUGGGUCAUGUAUGAGUGAUCCGUCAAAGAGGUCCCAUGAAGUUUUGGCUGAAUUUCUCAAGACAUUCUCAAGUGAUGAGGAUUUGAAGUUUAUUGGUAACAUCAUGCGACAGCAUUCUAAUCAAUACACAUUAGAGCGACUGAAAGAUAGAUCUCAUGAUUCUCCUGAGCAGAGUCUAGUCCAAGCAACUCUUCAGCACCCUCUGUACACAUCGGAGUAUUCAUUGCCAUAUAUUGACGAGGGAUGGUUAGUGAUAAACAUUAAAAAGAAGUCCAAGGGGAUAAGAUCCACUACAAUGCUUGCUGUUGAUUGUGAAAUGGUUCUCUGUGAAGAUGGGACUGAAGCUGUUGUCAAAGUUUGUGUUGUAGAUAACAAUUUAGAGGUCAAACUACACGAACUUGUUAAACCGGAGAAAGCAAUCAUAGACUACAGAACAGAGAUUACUGGUGUUUCUUCUAAAGAUCUAGAGACAGUGACUUGCUCCUUAGCUGAUAUACAAAAAUCAUUGAAGAAGCUGUUAUCCAGUGGAGCCAUAUUAGUGGGACACAGUUUACAUAAUGAUCUAAGUGUGCUGAAGCUAAAUUAUGUUAGAGUGGUUGACACCGCAUACAUCUUCCAACCCACGGAUGGAUCUAUUCGUGCGAAACCUUCUUUAAAUAAUUUGUGUCAGGCUGUGUUAGGCCAUGAAGUUCGGAAAAAGGGUGCUCCACAUGAUUGUCUAGAUGAUGCAUGUGCAACAAUGAAACUCGUCCUUGCAAAGAUCAAACAUGGUGUUGAUAAGCCAUUUCCGUUAACAUUGGUUCUAGAGCCUGUUUCAGAAAGUGAGAUGUCGAAGCUGCUUAUUCACAGAAUACCAACCACCGUGAACAGUGAAACACUACACGAAAUUGUUCCUGGAGAUUUCACAAUAGAACAAAAGCCUGCCAGGAGUGGUCAAAAUGACAAGUAUUCUGCCUUAGCUAUCUUUAAGAACCAACGAGAGGCAUGUGAGGCAUAUGAAAAUGUCCAAGGCAGCCAAACAACGGAUUCAAAUGGGCGUCUACAGAAACGUGUAACAUGUCGGUUGAGUACGGGCAUAAAUGUCAGUGUAUUUGUUCGGACAAUGGGAAUGGAUAAUCACAAAAAAAAGUUGCCAUCUAAGAGAGAUUUACAAGACGACGAGACACUUGACGGUUCCAAGAACAAGAAAUUAAAAAUGGAUCCUGAAUUUGAAAAGGAUGACGCCCUGAAAGCUUUACAAGUGAAACAUGAAAUUGAAAAGAAGGUCCGACUGAGAGAGAUUCAAGCACUGAAACAACGUUUGAAAGAAAGUGAAUCAGAGCACUUGAAGGAGAUCGACACAUUGAAUAAUCGAUUAAAAGAACGUGAAUUGGAGAUUGAAUCAAUGAAGGAACAAUUGCUGAAUCAACGAUCAAAGGAAAGUGAGUUGGAGAUUGAAUCAAUGAAGGAGCAGUUGAGAAAAAAGGACUUUGAAAUCAGCACUCUGCAUAGAAUGGUAGAUUGCAUUCAAAAAAAGCGAAAACCACCUAUAAAGAAAGCAGGAAAAGCAGGCAUGUGA